AUGGUUCUGGCAAAAUCGAAGAAGAGCGUGGGGCUGGGCAAUGCCUUGAUGAACGAUCGCUUCGGCAAAGGCAAGGGAAGUGAGAGGAAGAAGCAGUCGGCCAUUACAAGAACCAACCAUGCCACUGGUGAACAAUAUCUUGUCAAUGAGAAGCAGGAUGCUUCGUGGGUCAAAAUGCGCUCCGUCACGGAGCAGGGCGCGUUGGACGAGUUUUUGGCCACGGCGGAGCUGGCGGGAACCGAUUUUACUGCCGAGAAGAUGAACAAUGUCAAAAUCAUCCACACCGACCAGAAGAACCCAUACCUCCUAUCUGCUACUGAGGAGCGCAAUGUUCUUGGCAAACACAAAAUGCACAGAGCUCGUCUAACCGUUCCUAGGAGGCCCAAGUGGGAUUCUACCACCACAGCACAGGAACUGGACGUUAGAGAAAGAGAAGCUUUUUUGAAUUGGAGGAGAGGAUUGGCUGAGCUGGAGGAGAACAACGACUUACUGAUGACGCCUUUUGAACGAAAUUUGGAAGUCUGGCGUCAAUUAUGGAGAGUUAUUGAGCGAUCCGACCUCAUUGUGCAGAUUGUGGAUGCUAGAAAUCCGUUGCUCUUCCGCUCAGAGGAUUUAGAGACCUACGUCAAGGAUAUUGAUCCCAAGAAGGAAAACUUACUUUUGAUCAACAAAGCGGAUAUGAUGACUUUGGCACAAAGGAAGUCAUGGGCGAAGCAUCUCAAGGAAGCCGGAAUUUCUUAUAAAUUCUUCUCGGCACAGCUGGCUAAAGAGCAAAUCGAGGCGCGUGAUAGAGACGGUGAGUCGGAGGAUGAGACUCCGGAGCCAUCAUCUCGCAGCGCCGGAAAGCAGCCGGCCGGGGACGAUGACUCGUCAGAGGAAGAAAGCGAGGAUGACGGAGGUGCUCCAGCUGGCGGCGAUGAGGAUGAGGAUAUCCAAAUUCUUACCGUUGAGGAGUUGGAGGAUAUUUUCCUUCAACAUGCCCCCAAAGAUGCUGCUGCGGACCAUAAACUACAAGUAGGAUUGGUUGGCUACCCAAAUGUUGGAAAAUCAUCCACCAUCAACGCUUUAAUAGGCGCCAAAAAGGUCUCUGUUUCAUCAACACCCGGAAAAACAAAGCACUUCCAGACCAUCCACCUCAGCGAGAACGUUAUUCUAUGCGAUUGUCCCGGUCUGGUGUUUCCCAACUUUGCCUUUACCAAGGCCGACCUAGUAUGCAAUGGUGUAUUGCCCAUUGAUCAAAUGAGAGAAUUCACUGGCCCCGUUGGACUGGUCACUCAGCGAAUCCCACAAAGAUUCCUUGAAGCCAUCUACGGUAUUCAAAUCAAGACUCGUCCCAUUGAGGAGGGAGGCACCGGCACUCCCACUUCAGAGGAAUUACUACGCGCAUAUGCAAAAGCCAGGGGUUUCCAAACUCAGGGCUUGGGUCAGCCAGACGAGGCCAGAGCCGCUCGAUACGUCUUGAAGGAUUACGUCAACGGCAAGCUGCUAUUUGUGCAUCCUCCACCCGGGAUUGAGGAUGCUAAGGCAUUCAACCGCGAACUGUAUAGCGAAUUCAACCUCCCUGAGAAACGGAGGGCUGCCCUCAUCGCUGCAACUGAGUCCAUGUCUCUCAGAGACGACGACAGCGUGACGGUGGAUUCCGACAUGGUGGCCAUUCCCGCCGGACCCAAGACGGAGAAACUUGACGCACGCUUCUUUGGCCCGGACCGGUCACAGGGUCAUUUGAAUAUGCCAUUCAACCAUAAAUACACCGAGCAGGGCCAAGCCUCCGGCAAAGUUCUGUCCGGGAGAAAAGCUCGAACAGUUGUUGCGUUGGAAAAUGGUAUAGACCCCAAGGACGCUCGGGCAGGGAGCAGCAAAAAGCACUUCAAGGGUGGCGCGAAAAAUGGCGGGAGCAAGAAGCACAGAUAUAUGAACACGGAUGAUUAA